CCCCGAAGGCCGUAUCGCCACAUAACAAACCGCCGGAAGAGGCUGGUUGUUUUUAAUCCUGCUUGUAGCGACCAUGGCUCCGACGGGCAUAGGUGGCGUGUGCUUGGCAUUUAUCGCUUUGUGCAACUUUGUUUUUGUCUUCGGAACGGGUGUGGAGUUUGUCCGUUUUAUCUCGUUUCGGGCGAUUUAUCACAAUAACCACGGCGUGGCUCCACAGAGUAAAGAGGAGUCUUCACGGGAGUGGGGAGAGUCGCUCCGUGACCCCAAAGUAUUCGGACCUCUCACUCAGGAUUUUUUCCUGCUCCUGCUAUUUGUUGUCCAGCACAGCCUUCUUGCUUCAGCAUCUGUCAAGAGAUGGUGCCAAGCUAUCUUUGGAGUACUACAGCGAGCCUUCUAUGUAUUCACCACUUCCUUGGCAUUACAGGUGGUGAUAAGGUACUGGCAGCCAGUACAAAAUGCUCCUUUGCUGUGGAAUGCCAGUACUGCUCCAUGGGACACAUGGGUACCUCUCUUGUGCUUUAUCCUGCACUUCAUAUGCUGGCUGAUUAUCUUCAGCAUUGUCCUCAUUUUUGACUACCCAGAGCUAAUGGGCAUCAAGCAGGUGUAUUACCACUGUCUAGGAUUAGAGGAUCCCCUUUCCCUAAAGUCUCCCCGUGCUCAGAGACUCUAUGCACACCUCCGCCACCCUGUUUAUCUAGAACUCUGUGUGGUAUUGUGGAUUGUUCCAAGUCUGUCACUGGACCGUGUGCUACUGGCAACAAUGUUGACACUCUACCUCAGUUGUGGCCAUUCACUGGAUAACCUAGACUAUGCCUACCUACGUGCCCAGUUGCACAACAAGCUGGACCUCUUCACCCGUCAGGAGAUGGGUGGAGAGGUCAGCGAACUCAAUGGUGCCCAAACAGAUGAAUCCAGAAGUACUUUUCACAAGGCGGACUGAGUGAACACCCUGACAAAAAAAUGAGGCUGUUCCUCAUUUGGGAAACUUUAGACCAGUAGUAUUGUAUUGAAAGGGACAUAGUGUGAUCUUCAAAACCUAGAAGGCAGUUCAAGGCAGAUUUAUGGUUUCUGGGCUGAUCUGUGGGAAGUUUGACCAAAAAAUGUCUUAGAAAAAGAAUUUGCUUGUUUUUAAAGUUACAUGUCUGCAAUUCAUGCAUAGACACCUUAAAUAUUGAGUGUAUGUGCGUAUGUUUGUGUGUAUGCAUGCACACCAUUUCUGUUUGUUACAUGUUGCUAGUUUACAAGAUGACAUUUGUUCUGUGUAAUAUUUGCACAUUGCUGCAGACAAUGCCUUGUGCUUCAUUUGUUAGACAAAUAGAAACAAAAGUACUUGUCAAGCAGUCAUCUUAAACUUUUAUUCUGUAGUGGUAUAUGAAAAUGGAAGGAUGCAGUUACUGUUCAUAUAUCAAAACAAACAGCAGGUCCACAAAUAAAAAUAUAUCUCAGGUGCAGUGUCACAUGUUAAGAAAAGGCACAGAAAAGAUGUGUAAAAUUAUGUGACAUUUUUUAAUUAACACUCAGUAGUGAUUUUUUUUUUUUUUUAAAGAAUCCUAAAUAUUUUCCAGAAAUGGACUGCUUUUCAUAAAAUUGCACAAACUGAAAUAAGAUUUUUAGAAAUUUAAAGUCUUUUUAUUACAUGAAUAUUUUCUAAAAAUUGAGGGUUGUACACAUGGGGUGCAUUUUUGGAGUGGUUGCAGAUAAAGAAAUUUAUGUUCCUUGGUUUUAUUUUUAACAAUGCUACUGAUUUGAGAAGUGGUUGGUAACAACCCUGUCAAAGACCCCUUUUAUGCCACUUUUCUAUCAUUCUGAGACAGUUUACACAUGCGUCAUAAGGUUGAUAACACAGAGGCCAAGGCAAACUAUCAGCAGGAAAUGCUGUAAAGAUGAGCAUUUAAAGAUUUAGUUUUAUUUAAAAGAUCAUGAAUGUUUGCUGUUGUAACAGAGUGGAAAAGUGUAUUUUAAGUUUUAGUCAUCCCGAAAGCUGUUUUUCACCAAAUGGUUGAACAUUUGAAGGGUGGAAAAAAAAACUUCUGUUUUAUUGAUUGCAGUCUGUUUUUACUGAAUGUUUAUGGUGAGUGUGAAUGGUAUGUGCAUCUGGUAUGGUAUGUAUCUUUUAAGUUGUGAAUUAACAGAAAUGUUAAAUUUGUGAAUUUGUAGCCUUAAAAUUCACAAAACUUUUUAAAUAUUGAAACACCUUUUUUACAUGAUGACUAGAGUAUUUUUAUUAUUAUGUAUGUAUAAAAUAAAAUGGCUGCUGCAGACAACAACAUCUAAUAUUAAUAGCUAAAACAACAGCACAGAACCUUGCGAACUAUAUUAUUUAAAAAGUACUACCAAAAUGAGUAUUACUCUGAACUAGCAGUUGGGUGGUUUACUUUAGUGAAUGUUUAUUACGUUUCCAAUGCAAUCUGCUUUUAUUGUGGCAAAGUAAGUCCAUACUGAAAUACUUUCAUUAGUAGGUAUAUAUUUUUCGAUAACAUAGGAAAUAAUUUGUAUACAAACUUUUUUUUUUAAUGAAAGUUUUGAACUUUUUACAACUGUUUUGUACUGUAUAUUUAUGCUGCAAAAUGAUACUUAAGAGAAAAUACCCUUCAUCCAUGUGUACAAAAGGCAUAUGUUUUGACUCCAGACACUUUAUUGUGUUAGUGUGUGUGUGUUUUUAAUAAAACAAACAAAAAAUU